GUUUUCUCCUCAUCUGGUCAACCAAGGCGAAUAACUUCAAAAAUAGGAUCCUUGUCUAAUGCCCACUACAAACCGGGAGGCGGCAAUGUGAAAAUCCUUGAUGAGAAAGUUGACUUCAGUUAUGCACAGAGCAAAUGCAACUCGAAGGCAAAUUUGAAACACAAGCCUGGUGGAGGGGAUGUGCAGAUUGUGGACACUAAGUUGCACUUCAAAGAAAAUGGCCGAUCGAGGGUUAACUCCCUGGCUAAUGCCAAACAUGUUCCCGGUGGAGGAAAUGUGAAGGUCAGUUUCAGUUGUUUCGCUCUCGCAUCGGGAUGUCUAAAAAAGCGGGUCCCGGUUUUUCAGCGUUUUGUAUGUUAUUCUCUGGUGGGGGCCUCCCUGAUGUUAAUCUCAUCUUCCAUUGGUUGGUUGAAAUCCCAUAAAAUUGAUUACAUUUUAUUGGCGUUUUUUGCUUUACAGAUAGUCAACGAGAGGCUUCCGUGGCUGAAAUACAAUAAACCGAAUUUGCCACCUGAGGAGAUCGCGAAAAUAAAUAAGCAUACUCCCUUGGGGUCGACUUCAUCCCAGGAACCUAUUUAUACAUCUCGUCACUCGAGCACUACGAGCUGA